GGGAAGCUUCAGAAGAAAUUUACAUUUUUCUUUGCAUUAUUAAGAAACAUUUUAAUUUACCAGAAUGAAUAUUUAUUAAUAUUAUGUACAGCAGACACCUGUUGUCCUGUUAACCACUGCACAUGUAAAUUUUCUGUAGAGCUGUUAAUCAUGUGAAAAAUGUCCUAAAACAUCUGUUUAGCUGUCUAGAAUUAUCUUUAUUUAAUAACAUUAAAUACUUGCUUUGUCCUGUUGAAUGCAGCUGACGUCAAAAACCCGACACAUGCUGGCAGAAACAUUUGUGCUUUAAUGUUUGUAUGUGAAUUUUUCUAACUGCAGUGAAUGUGCAGCUGCUGUCCUCUGUAGAGAAAAUGCACAAUGUUCAGAGGAGUCUCUCAAGUCUGCAGGUCAGAGACUCAACGAUGGAAAAGAUGGUCACACUGGUUUCCUGUUUGCUGCUGGUCGUUGGAGUGGUGUCGGCCCAGACAGUUCCGACUACGAGCAGCGAGCGGCUGCUGCCUCAGUGGGCGACCGGCAUCAUCGCUGUCGCUGGCUUCCUCUUCCUCUGCUUCUUCGUCUUGCUGUUGAAAAAGGCCUGGUUCGAGGACCCCAGCAGGAAGAGGAACAGUGCAGACAGAAUGAAAGAAACUGAGUUUGCUCUGAGCAGCAACUCUAAGAUAGAUGUCGACAGGCGUGACAGUGCAACUGUCUACGCGACUACCCUGGACUUCAGGAGCAAUGGUCGAAAUGCCUACGACAACCUGGCGAUUGACAUGGCUGAGGAAAAAAUUACCAACAUGUGACCACCCAGUACGAAUCCUACUUCGUCCCCCACCGUCCUCCAGGAAGACCAGACUGACACAAAACAAACACAAAAUCAUCUUUUAUAGAAAUUGUGUGUCUGUUUUGUUUCACCUGUCUUCUCCAGCUGGAGCAGUUUACUACAAGAAAUGUUUAUCUGUGACUGAUUUUUUCUUGUUUUUCCUGAAUCCUCACAUGCAUCGAAGUGACACGUAAUUUAACAGAAAACGUGAGAUUCUUUGAAUUUAGUAGCGAUUGUUACUGAAUCUGAUCGUCAACAUAUCUGUUACUGUAAUGCCUUGCUUAACUUAAUGUCUGACCCUUAACCUAUGAGCUGAUUAAUAAGUUAUCUUGACCAACAAACUCGCUGUGUCGGCUCUCAUUACUGAUGAAUGAAGCAAUGGCUUGUGGUUAAUAAUUAAACAUUAUGGCGGCAAAGUCUAAAUGGACGGAAGAAAAACAGCUAAAAGAAUGAAAGGCUGAGGAGGAAAGAAAGGCCUUCAAUUUAAUUUACAGAGUCCUAAAUGUUUUCUCUUGCUUGCUGUC